AGAGAAACACACUCACUGUCGAAUUUGUGGGGCUCCUCAUUGACUGGGACACGCACACAUUCUGUCUCAGAUUAAGUGGCUGUCUGACCUGCUCCACUACUGAAGGGUCACCUUGUUCUCCUCCUUGCGCCCACCGUUGCUCACCUGUGGAUGGAUCUGGAGUGUUUCGUUGGCUAAGAUGACGAGUCCCGGGACUGGCAGCAGCUUGGUGCUGCUCUCCCUGACAAUGCUGGUAACUAGUGCCCAAGGAAAAGAAGAUGACUGUCAGCCGGAGGUUCGAGUCGCACGAAACACUGCAGUGCCCGCUCUGGAAACGAAAACCCUGACAAUUUACUGUCCGUUUAAAGACUGUGGGAUGGAAGCUAAUGUUACUUGGUGUAAAGUUGACCAUGCAGCGCUCUGCAAGCCCCUACACCAGUUUCAUCACGUCAAACUUGAAUUGACGAAGGAUGAAAAAGAUACUCAUACAAACAUCUUAGCACUGACCUUUACCAAUCUCACCUUGGAGGAUAAUGGACUGUACAGGUGUCAACUUUCCACUGAUGGAAAAACAAUGUCCACUGUAUCACAUUCCAUUAAUGUCUCAGUCACAUCUUCCAGUGUCUGCUGUACAACUGUGUCAACUGGCAACGUAACAAGAAAUCAAACGGAGAAGAUGGUAACAGGAAACUGGCCAACCAAUCCACAGUGGCCGCCUUAUAUCUACAUCUGCCUUGGUAUAGCAGGCUUUGUUGCCAUGGUAGUGGUCAUUUCCUUCUUGAGCAUGAGGUGGUGUGAAGCAUCAAAGCACUCAGCAAAAGCAGAAAAACCACAGAGUCAGCACACUGUGCCUCUGGCCUCUUACCAAGCGUCCCCGCGGCCCACUCUCCCUAACCGGCCUAGAAGCCUUCGUACCAAUCCGGUCAGAUACUCCGAUGAGUCCACUGGCAACAACCACUUUGACAGGAAGGCAUCUCGAAACAAACGUGGGCCAACGGGUGGAGCGCAGCCUGCUGGGAGCAGUGUACCUGGGCAGGUAGCUGUAACAGUGGACAAAUGUGGUCUCCAUGACGACUGCAGCGAGGGCGCUGACCCAGAGCCCAGCGUCAUUGUGUAUGCAGCUCUCAAUCACAAGGCCACCCGGGACAGCCCUGUCGCCAGCCGUACCGUGGCCUUCGAGGAGCAGCACUCGGAAUAUGCUGCCAUUCGGGUCACCUGAGUGCUCGGAAAACGAGAGCUGAGAGCAGUCUCCAGGCCGGGGGUGUCCAGCUGGGGUGUGCAGCUCGGAAGUGGACUUUCUGCAUGUUGCAAAAAGUCCUUUGUUCUUUUGACCAGUUUUGCACAUUUUUUUAAUGCAUUCAUAAUCAGUGGCCUCUUAUUCUGGUUUUAAUAUCACUAACAUUUUAUAGUGAUUUUAUACACUUU